ACGAAAAAGAACAGUUGCAGUCUUGUAGAGCCAGUAAUCGAGUGCAGUUUCAAAGGUAAACGGACAUGGUGCAUAGUGGGUUCAAUGUACUACUUGCGAGACAUGGGAUUAAGAAAAAAGAAGCAGUGCAACAACACACUCGGUAAACAUUGGCAGUGCAUACCAUUAGCAUAGAACAACGAAAACUUUAUGACUACGCGAACACGUGAAAAUUUUCAGAUGUGUGCUUGAACAAGUGAACAAAAAUCAAUUGUGGAUAGCGCUGUUUAAAACAAUGAAGCAGAAGAAAAAAAAACACACGGAUGUACUACAAACAAGAGAGUUCCUCGACCGAGUGGUGGCCGCUCAGAAGCUGUACGGACGCCGGAUUGGACUGAGUCGCGUUUGGAACGGACCCAUUCCCUAUGUGUUGAUCUCCAAAGCCAGUGCCAUUGAGCCCAUCUUGAGUAAUCCAAAACUGGUCGAGAAGAGUGCUGACUAUGAAUUCCUCAAACCGUGGCUUGGCAAUGGUCUGUUAACGUCGCCGGCCAGUGUGUGGCACCCGCGAAGAAAAGCAUUGACGCCGGCUUUCCAUUUCAAAAUUCUGUCGGAUUUUCUACAUAUUUUCCACAGGCAAAGUCUUGUCUUCCUGGAUAAACUAGAAGAACAGCUGAACAACACCGAAGGAUUCAACAUCGUCCCGAUGGCCACGCUGUGUGCGUUGGAUAUUUUCUGUGAAACUGCCAUGGGAUGUUCGGUGCAUGCGCAAAAUAAUUCCGAUUCUGAAUACGUACGAGCACAUAAACAAAUCGGUAAAAUUAUUCGCAACCGCUUACAGAAAGUCUGGAUGCAACCAGAUUUCAUCUUCAAGCGAACUGACGAGUACCGGAAGCACCAGGAGUGCCUCUCUGUGCUACACGAAUUCUCCGACCGUGUUGUUCGGGAGCGUAAAGCAGAACUAGUAAAACGUCGUCAGAACCAGGACAGCUCAGAUCGCAAUAACAACACACCGAUUGAAGACGACGGUUCGAGGAAGAAGCAACUUGCCUUUCUUGAUUUACUGAUCGAAGGCUCAUUGGAUGGCAACGGAUUGAGUGAUCUGGCAAUUCGGGAAGAAGUUGACACAUUUGUAAUAGGUGGACACGAUACCACGGCGGCGGCUUUAUCGUGGAUUCUGCUGUUGUUAGGGUCCCACCAAGAAAUUCAGGAUCGUGUUUUUAACGAGAUUGAUCAAAUUAUGGGUGGCGAUCGUGAUCGAAUACCGACGAUGCAAGAACUCAGCGAAAUGAAGUUUCUUGAAUGCUGCAUCAAAGAAACUCUGAGACUGUAUCCAAGUAUUCCACUAAUCGCCCGUCGUUUGCCUGAAGAUGUACAAAUUGACGACUACACUAUUCCAGCGGGGACCAAUGCUUUGAUUGUGGUUUAUCAGUUGCAUCGUGAUCCAACCGUAUUUUCCAAUCCUGAUAAAUUUGAUCCGGACAAUUUUCUACCCGAAAACUGCAACGGACGGCAUCCGUAUGCAUACAUACCAUUCAGUGCAGGACCGCGUAAUUGCAUCGGACAAAAGUUUGCUAUUCUCGAAGAAAAAACCGUUAUUUCAACAGUACUCAGGAAGUUCCGCAUCGAAGCAGUAGAGCGGCGAGAGGAUGUCAAGUUACUGGGAGAUUUGGUGCUAAGACCCCGGGACGGGUUGAAAAUCAAAAUCAGUCGUAGGGUGUGAGACUUUCAAUAUGACCAGUACUAUUCUGAUUAGGCUUUAAAAAGUUAACCAAAUAUUAUUUAUAAGACAUCUUCGCACAAUCUAUAUUAUGCUGUACCGUGAAGGUGAUUGAACUGUGCACCAGCAUCCAGAAGAAGGAAUCGAAAAAAAAAAAUUCGCACACUGAAACCAAGAUCAAAAAAAUUCCUUUCACUUUCGUCUACAAACAAACAACCGAGAUACAGUUCGAGCCCUGCAUCUGCGUGCAGUAGCAUAGAAUUCAUCCUUGAAAAAGAACCAAACUGAACCGCGAGGCAACUUACAGUUUCCUUAUUGUAGUUGCACAAAGUGAUGUAAAUAUACUG